AUGCCUUUUCAAACCGUCGAAAAACCGGACUUCAAAGAAUUUAUUCAUGAUCUUCAACCUCGCUAUAAGAUUCCAAAUCGGAGGAAGAUUGCGAAGGAUGUUUGGAGUUUGUUUUGCGAGGAGAAAGAAAAGAUCAAAAGCAUAAUUGGCGAUCUUCGUGUGAGUAUCACCACCGAUACUUGGACCUCUAUCCAAAAUAUCAAUUACAUGGUGGUGACGGCUCAUUUUAUUGACUCGGAUUUCAACUUGCACAAGAGGGUGCUCAACUUUUGUAAAAUUACUUCUCAUAAGGGUGAAGACAUAGGAAGGUGUCUCGAAGAGAAGUUGGUCGAAUGGGGCAUAAGUAAGGUGUUCACCAUUACCGUAGAUAAUGCAAGUUCCAAUGAUGUGGCCGUGGAGUAUUUGAAGAAGCAACUACGGAAGCAGAUAGUUUAUGCUUGA